AUGCAACCCAGCAGGCAUGCAGGCAUGCAGGCAUGCAGCAGCAAGCAAGCAAGCGGCAGCAACCACACCCAGCACACCCCAGCCAAGCCGAGCCGAACCACUCACCUCGCCAUCGGAUCCCGCUUGUUAUACUCCUGCUCUUACUCUUACUCCUACGCCUACGCCUACGCCUACGCCAACGUCGACGCCGUAAUUCGGGUCCUUCUUUCUCUCUCUCCCUUUUUAGCACCCUACGGACUACCAACAAACCAACCAACCAACCUUCUCCCUCCCGCGCCAGAAGAAGAAGAAGAAGAAGAAGAAGAAGAAGAAAACGUCACAUCCACAUCCCACCCCAGCCAGGAAAGCACCCAGUGCCAUCACACGUGCACGCACCCCGCCAACCCACCAAUCCAACCAAUCCAAACCAACCAACCACAGCCUCCAACAAACGACAAACGACGAAGCCAAGCCAAGCCAAGCCGCACCCGGCGCGCAGCUCCUCCUCCCCGGCCACAGCCGCCCCCGUCCGUCCACCCACGCGCCGCGGCACCGCUCCACGGGCCACACGGGCCACCGACCUACGCUACGCUACGCUACGCUACGCUCCACGCCCCCGGUCCCUCUUUCGUCACACCCACACACGCGCGCGCGCGCGCUUUCCUGCCCCCUCCCGUCCAUCUCUCUCCCUCCGCUCUCUCUCCCGUCUCUAGCGAAAGUUGA